UACGAUAUGCAUAUCAUAUGUAUUAUCCCAUUUCAUGUUUUGUAAUGGUUUGAGGCAAUAUUAUGAAUGUGUCAUUAUGCUGCUGUCAAAUCCUCGUCUCAGUACGAUACCAGUCACCUCUGUGGAAACAUUGGUAUAACUGCCUUUUUCAUUUAUAUUGAACUGUAUGUCUUUUAAAAAUGGACCUUGAGUCUCUUCAAUAAAGCUGACGAAUAUCUUCUCCACAAGAAAUUGUCUUAAUGUAUUUUUUAUGAACCUUAAAUUCAGACGACUCUUGUUAAUGAUUGCUAAUUCUUCCAAGUAAUACAUUUGUUUUUUAAAUGAAUGUGAAGGCAUGAACACCCUGAUCGGGUACGACCUGGUGCCCGAGGCUAAGAUCGUGGACUCAGCGCUCAGAGCGUGCCGGAGACUGAACGACAUGGCCAGCGCCAUCCGUAUCCUGGAGGCCGUUCAGGACAAAGCCGGCCCCCACAAAGAGAUCUACCCGUACCUGAUCCAGGAGCUGCAGCCCACGCUGUCAGAGCUCGGCGUCUCGACUCCAGAACAGCUCGGCAUGGACAAGUUGUAGACCCUCCAGGUGACGAUGCUCUCAUUACAACAUGUGUUUUUAGCACAUCCCUGCACACGUGUCUCAGGGACAGUUUCAUCCCAGAGAUGACUCUACAUCAGGGGUCUCCAAACCUCAGCAAAUAAUAAAAGUAGAAUGGAAUACGGCCCACAAAUAAAACGUGUGCUCGGCUUAUAU